CACACACACACACCUCCUCCUCCAUCCUUACACCAGCUGGUUGGCCUUCUUUUGUUUACUCUAGCAGGAAGACCAAGUUACCAUGCAGUCCAAUCGCGCGGCGGCGGACGGCGCGUCUACGACCCACCAGGGCUGAACAACGGAACCCGCGCGUCUCUUAAAGGCGGAGGAGUUUAUAAGCUCACUGAAAGUGUGAACCUUCGUCAAGCUCACGUCAGGAUGAUGUUGCACAGAAAGGUACUAGAGCAGAGAGGAUGAUCUCACCUGAGUGUUACAUUUAGCCCCCUGGCUCUGCAUUUGUGAAGACCCUGACAGCCACAAGUGAAAGAAGGCAAAAACAAGGUAAAGAUGUUUAGACCGUCUGAGACAGGCAGGCGGCGUGCGAAUGGGCAGCUGCCUAGUCGUGUUAGAGGGGUGGAGGUGGCCAGAGGUAGGGCGGGGUAUGGCUUCACCCUCUCAGGCCAGUCCCCAUGCGUGCUGAGCUGUGUUCUGAAGGGCAGCCCGGCUGACUACGUAGGCCUUCGCGCCGGCGACCAGAUCCUCAGCGUCAAUGACAUCAAUGUGUCCAAAGCAUCCCACGAAGAUGUGGUCAAGCUGAUUGGCCGCUGCUCAGGCGUGCUAUACCUGGUCAUUGCUGAGGGGAAGCAGCAUAGUGGUGGUGGGCAGCUGGACUCUUGCUCCAGCGAUGAGGAGCUGGGCUUCCAUGACCAUAAAAGCCACUGGCUCCGGCCCAAAGUGGACUCCAAGACUCUGGGCAUAAACCGUGCGGAGCGAGUGGUGGCUGAAAUGCAGUCUGGUGGAAUCUUCAACAUGAUUUUCGAAAGCUCCAGCCACUCAUCCAGCAGCUCAGAGAAGGCAGUGGCCUGCACAUCCCGCUCCAAACGCAGGCCAAUCUCCCAACCAGAUGUUCCAUUUGGUGAUGCUGACGCAUGCAGGAGUGACCCCAAUCUCCUGUCUGAGGAGGAGAUGGCCCGAGUGCUGCAAGACGACUCCGUGUUCGUAGAUGUGUUUGAAGCUGAGCGGCAGGAUGAGUUUGAGGGCAUCCUCAACGUGGGCAUGAUCGUGGGCUACCUGGGGUCUAUUGAGUUGGCGUCCACCAGCGCAAACCUGGAGAGUGACAGUCUGCAGGCUAUCCGAGGCUGCAUGCGGCGCCUGCGGGCUGAGCAGAAAAUUCACUCGCUGGUCCUCCUCAAGGUCAUGCACGACUGCGUGCGGCUGUGCAAUGAGCGUGGUGCCGUUCUGGCCGCCUACCCAGCCGAAAAGUUGGCCUUCAGUGCCGUGUGCCCAGACGACCGCCGCUUCUUCGGCUUAGUCACCAUGCAGGCUACUGAUGACCACAGCAUGCGUCGGAACAGCGAGGAAGACCAGGGCUUGCGCACGUCCUGCCACGUCUUCAUUGUGGAUCCAGAGCUUUGUCACCACAAGAUACACCAGGGGGUGGCCCGUCGCUUCGGCUUUAAUUGCACUCCGGAUCCGGACACGGGUGGCUGCCUGGAGUUCCCCCCGACCUCCCAGCCUCUGCUGCAGUUUGUGUCCGUUCUUUACCGGGACAUGGGCGAAUCUAUUGAGGGGAUGCGGGCACGGGCUUUCCUGGAUGGAGACCUGGACGCUCAGCAGAACAACAGCACCAGCAGCAACAGCGACAGUGGCAUAGGCAACUUCCUGCCAGAGGAAAAGAACAACCGUGUCCUUCUGGUGGACCUGGGUGCUAACCCUGCCCGCCACGUUCCCAGUGGAUUAUGGGAAACCCCUCAGCCUGCCCGUAACUCCGGCACUCAGGGUGGCCUCUCUCCUCCUCCUCCUCCUCCUCCUGCUCCUCCUCCUCCACCUAUAUCCCACCGUAACGGCUACAGACACGAGCAGUUCCCAGAACACUCACAGCCGCACCCACACUCACAUGGAGAUCCGCCCUCUCUAUCAAGCAGGCACUUAAGCCACGCCUCCAGGCUGGACAUAUCCAGCCUCCCGACACGCCAUCAUUACCCCACCCAUGGUAAGAAGUCAGCAGGGACAGGACAGCGUUGGCUGCCUGUUCAUGUCCUGAGAGACUGGAGGCACGGCCACAACAGUGACCAGGAGUCCUACGCUGAGUCAACUGACGGCUGGUCCAGCGCUAACUGCAGCACCCUCCCGCCCCCCAUGAGUAAGAUUCCGGCUGAUCGGUACCGUGCUGCAGGCGAGAUCGCCUCCCAGCCCCACCGGCUCCAUGCACAGAAGGACGAGUGGGCCAAGAAGCUGUUUGGCACGGAGAAGAGCCUUCGGGAGCACCACCAGCUGCCCCAGCAACACAAUGGGAAGAGGACGAAAGACUCAGAGAAAAAGGGCGGAAGAUUCCGGGGCGUCACUAUGGGAUUUCCCCAGCGCUCCUCUGGGAGGCGAUCGUUCGGACGCUCCAAACGUCUCAGCCUGGCUCGCUCACUGGAUGACCUGGAGUCUGCAGCUGUCUCCGAUGGCGAGCUGAACAGUGCAGAUCUGAAGGGCUGUGGUAGCGAUAACAGCCUGAACAGCAAUGCCAGUCUACCCAGCGUGCAGUGCCACAGACGCCACACGGAGCGCCGCGUGGCAUCAUGGGCCGUCUGCUUCGAGCGCCUGCUGCAAGACCCUGUCGGAGUCCGCUACUUCUCAGAGUUUCUGAAGAAGGAGUUCAGUGAGGAGAAUAUCCUGUUCUGGCAAGCGUGUGAAUUUUUCAGCCAUGUUCCGGAAACGGACAAGAAACAGUUAUCCCAGAGAGCGAGAGAGAUCUACAACAGCUUCCUGUCCAGUAAGGCCACUACACCGGUCAACAUCGACAGCCAGGCGCAGUUGGCCGACGACAUCCUCAACGCCCCGAGACCCGACAUGUUCAAGGAGCAGCAGCUACAAAUUUUUAACCUGAUGAAGUUCGACAGUUACACCCGCUUCCUGAAGUCUUUCCUGUAUCAGGAGUGUAUGCUGGCAGAGGUGGAGGGCCGUCCCCUCCCGGACCCCUACCACAUCCCCAGCAGCCCCACCUCCAAGCACAGCACCAGCUCAGACCGCUCCAAUCUCUCAACACCGAAGAAGGAGGAGAAGAAGAGUAAAUCAGGAAAAUCGCUGAACGAGGACAGCAAAGACGAACAGAGUGAUAAAAAGAAAGGUAUUUUUUUCUCCUGGUCCAGGAACCGGAGCUUUGGGAAAGGACCCAAAAAGAGAGAUCUGGGAGAGUACAGUUUUUCGGGCAGUAAUGGACGAAGAGAGUCACAGGGCUCUUUGUCAUCUGGGGCGAGUUUGGAGCUUGGCACCUCUGCUUCUGGCAAAAACGAGGGAGAGGCAUCACGUAACUCCAUGUCGUUAUCUGAGCGCGCCGUACGUUACUGCAACAUUAACCUGCCGGAUGGUUCCUGUUGCUCAGUGCCCAUAAGGCCAGGCGUGUCGAUCAGGGAGAUUCUGCUGGGCCUGUGUGAGAAACUCUGCAUUAACCUGGCGGCUGUAGACCUGUUUCUGGUGGGAGGAGAGAAGCCUUUAGUAUUAGACCAGGACUGCAUGACGCUGUGUUCCCGCGACCUGCGACUAGAGAAGCGUACAUUAUUCAGGCUGGAUCUGGUGCCCAUAAACCGCUCUGUCGGACUGAAAGCUAAACCCACUAAGCCUGUGACUGAGGUGUUGAGGCCAGUUGUGGCCAAGUACGGCCUGCACUUAGGAGACCUAGUGGCCAGGAUUAGUGGAGAGAAAGAGCCACUGGAUCUGGGCCUGCCCAUUUCCAACCUCGAUGGACUCAGGGUGGUGCUGGAGGCAGCUGAACACGUCCCGGGAAAAGACAAACAGAAAUUAGCCCCAGCAAAGAGCCACGGGCCGCCGCUCUCCACACGAAGCCAGUCUGCCACAGGGGAGGACAGAUCAUCAGGGAAGGCUACGUCUGUCAAAACCAGGGCCCAGGUGGAAAAACGAAAACAGAAAAAGCUUAAUAUAGAUGAAGCCGAAGAAUUCUUCGAGCUCAUAUCCAAAGCACAGAGCAACCGAGCUGACGACCAGCGGGGUCUGCUGAACAAAUCUGACCUCGUUCUGCCUGACUUCCUGCGCCUGGACCCAGAAACGAACCCCAGUCACGAGCCCCUCGGCCCCUCCUCUGCCUCACACAAGCCCCGCCCACGCUCCAAGGAGAACGGCUCCGCCCUCAGCGCUAGCCACCAGUCGCAGAGCCUGGAUUCGGCCGUAGAAGGUCAGGGCCCUCGCCGUGCCCUGAUGCCACUCCACAGAAACCCCGCCUCUUCGCGAAGCCACAGUGGGAUGUCCUUGGGGACUUCUGAGUGGCAGCGCGAGGGUGGGGCCCAAGCACUGGAGGAGGAGGAGAACGGAAUGGACCUGACGCUGGUUGCCGAGGGCGACAUCACUAGCCCCAACAGCAAGCUCCUCCCCCCGUCCCCUUUGCCCCUCCCCUCUUCCCCAGGUAGGCCCCGCCUCCUCAGGGAGGACGCUUACCAGGACAGCUGGGGCCAGCCAGGUACCUCUCCUGUGUGAACUCUGCUCCUCACACUCGCACACCUCUUGUGUUCUUCCUGAUGAUUUUGUGUGUGUGUGUGUGUGUGUGUGUGUGUGUGUGUGUGUUUUAUCGAGUGCUGUGCACGUCCCUCUUUUUAAGCUCUCUGCCAAACUUUGGCAAAGCUGCCACUCUCCCUUGUACAUACUUCACCCUCUAAGCAAAGCACUUUACUGAACUAUUGGAACAGAGACCUACAGGUACACACACACACACACACACACACACACACACACAUACACACACACACACAGACACACAUAUAUAUAUAAUGUGUGUGUGUGUGUGUGUGUGUGUGUGUGUAUAAAUAUAACAUUCUUUUAUUGCCUUUAUUAGAAGGGUUUCACUUUUACCUUUCAAACAUCUGGCCACACCAACAUGACAAUCAUUUGUCAUUAAGCCUCCCCUCUUUCAGGAAGCUCAAAUGGGUUGAUGGUAAACAGUCUGAUUGUAGCUGAGUGAAGUGCAGCCGUCUUGCUCUCUCCGAGUGUGCCUCCCCCCCCUCUGGCUGUUCUCCCAAUGGCCCCCAACAGGGCCCCACCUACUGGACUGGACUAAACUCAGCCUCAACACUAAACACAAACAAGGUACAACAAGUAGCAUUUCUACGCAUUGCCCAUCAGCCACAUAUUAUUGCCUCAGUGAUGGUUACAUGACUGGCCGCAACAUCAGAAGAGCAAGCAAUCCCUCUUUAUCCUGACUGCUGUACAAAACAACGGCUUUAACUCAGCCUGCAGACCACCUUUGUAAAACAAUGACAUCAUUAGGUAAUGUGUAAAAUCAUGCUUGUUGUACUUUUAAGGAAGAACGGUUGUGAAUAAGUGCAUUUCGCUGGUUUUGGUAAAAACGUAGUCAAGUGCAAACGCAAGCCUCAAAUGUUUGUGGUCGACCAGUGGCAGGUCCUCCAUCGGUGUGUCAAUCAAACCAAUUUCUGAAAAGGUUCUGAGAGAUUACUGAUUUAGAUAAUCUUCCGACUCCUCAUGACCUCGGAUUCCCACACCGUGCGAUUCUUCAACUUGAGUGAGAAGUGAAGAGACACUGCUUUUGUUUCCUCACCGUCCGUCUCUUCCAACAAGCAAUUCAACAAUGUAUUGACCAUGUUUAUGCAGCUAUCACCACAACUGCCAUGUUCUUCAGUGCUAUCCUAGUUUUCUCUAUUAUCUUACAUAUGGUAAUAUAAUCCUGACACAACUUUAAUUUAUCCCAUGUGUUUUUAUUUGAAAUGUACCUUUCGCUAAAUGACAAAGAAAUACUAAUUGUGUACAGGUUUGGUUUGCUUUUUCGAGAUGCGAGCAUUGUUGAAUUGCCUGCCGUUUCGCUCUUGACACUGAAAGUCCACUUUCGUUUUUCCGUAGCAGUCUUUCUGAGAUGACAGAUUCACUCCGGUCAGUGCUAUAUUUCUGCAGUGGUGUAAAUAGAGUUAAAUAAAUGUUAGAGAUGAGAUCUA